AGCGUAUUCUCUUAUGGUGUUUGCUCCCAAAAGGUCAAAAUGUUUACUAACGCGUCUUUCUUCAAAACUUUCUUCUUUUUCUUCUUUAGACAGUUUCGAAACCCAAAAGUUCUCCAUAGGAGUUUUAGCAAUCUCCGUGGAAUGUUAACACAGAGCAAGUAUCAAAGGUACCCUUCUCUUGUUCAUAGAUCAGACCUAUCAAAAAAAACUUUGAUUUUUAACGUAGAAGGAACUUUGUUGAAAUCUUCUUGUUUGUUUCCUUACUUUAUGCUUGUAGCCUUUGAAGCUGGAAGCAUUUUAAGGGCUCUAGUUCUUUUCCUUUUAUACCCUCUUAUUUGUUUAGUAAAUGGAGAGAUAGGGUUAAAGAUAAUGGUGAUGGUCUGUUUCUUUGGGAUCAAGAAAGAAAGUUUUAGAGUAGGAAGAGCUGUCCUGCCCAAGUUUUUCUUGGAAGAUGUUGGAUUAGAAGCAUGUGAGGUGGUGAAAAGAGGUAGGAGAAAAGUGGCUUUGAGUGACUUUCCUCAAGUAAUGAUUGAGAGUUUUUUGAAAGAUUAUUUACAGAUUGAUUGUGUUAUUGGAAGAGAAGUUAAGUCUGUUUGUGGGUAUUUUGUGGGACUCCUGGAAGAGAAAAAGAAACACAUUCAAGUUUUAGAAGAGGAGGAGAUAACUAAUGAAGAUGUUAUUGGUAUUAAUCAAUUUGAUAGAUCUCUUGAUCAUCAACAUCACCUAUUCUCUUACUGCAAGGAAAUUUACCUGGUGAGGAAGGCAGACAAGAGGGGCUGGCAAACACUACCCAGAAACAAAUACCCCAAACCACUUAUUUUCCAUGAUGGUAGAAUAGCUUUUAGACCGACCCCACUGUCUACCCUUUCAUUUUUCAUGUGGAUCCCUUUCGGUUUUAUCCUUGCCUUAAUCAGAGCCAUUGUUGCUUUGACUCUCCCCUGCACUAUCUCCAUUCCCAUAUUAGCCUUCUCUGGAUUUCGUUGCACUGUGUCAGAACCCAAUAAUCUUCAGACCCUAGAAGCGUCAAAUAAUUCAAAAAAGGGCCUCCUUUAUGUUUGUAACCAUAGAACAUUACUAGACCCUUUGUACCUUUCUUUCUCUUUGAAGAAAGAUAUUUCUGCUGUCACUUACAGCCUUAGUAGAAUGUCGGAAAUUCUAUCACCUAUCAAGACCAUCCGACUAACGCGUAACCGUGAUCAAGAUGGGAAGAUGAUGGAAAAACUACUAAGUGAAGGGGAUCUUGCGGUAUGCCCAGAAGGAACAACCUGUAGAGAACCAUAUUUAUUAAGGUUUAGCCCUUUAUUUUCAGAAAUGAGCGAUGAAAUUGUACCUGUUGCUUUAGAUACAAAUGUUAGCAUGUUUUAUGGAACAACUGCAGGUGGGUUAAAGUGUUUAGACCCAUUAUUCUUUCUCAUGAACCCUUCACCUAGUUACACUAUCCAGUUUCUUGAAAAAGUAUCUGGGCUUUCCAAGAAUAAUGGUGAUCAGAAAUCAAGAUUUGUAGUUGCUAAUCAUGUGCAGAGUGAAAUUGGCAAGGCAUUGGGAUUUGAGUGCACUAAACUUACUAGAAGAGAUAAGUAUUUGAUAUUGGCGGGUAAUGAGGGUUUUACUUCUUAGUAGUAUUCUUAGGUAUUUGUUUCAUUGAUGGGGGAAGAUGGUACAUGUAUUGUAUUUUUUACUGUUUUUCUAAUAAUUCUUUAAUUAGGUUGUAAUAUAAUGAAUCAGAGUCAGAGAAUUGCUAUAAUUAUAUUAUUUUUUUCUCUCGAUUAUGUACAAGAUGUAAAAGAAAAUGAAUUAACUUUUGUAUCUGUAUAUUAAAUAUGAUCUUUCAG